AUGUUUUUUCUAUGUAAUACAUAUUUAAUAAAAGGAGUAAAAACAAAAAGAAAAUAUGAAUUAUAUUUAAAUUACAAAAUAAGCAUUAUUAACAAUAAAAAAAAUAUAAAUCGUUUAAACUGUUAUAAAAAAAAAGUAAAAGCUAAAGAAUUAAGGAAAUUAUCAACAGAAGAUCUUGAAAAAGAAAUAACAAAGUGUAGAUUAGAUAUUCAAAUGUUUCAGCAAAAAGGUUUUUAUGAUAUACAUAAUUUUAAUAUUCAUUACGAAAAAAAUGCCAGAAGAAAACUAGCACAAUUGUUAACGAUAUACUAUGAAAGAUAUUUAGAUAACAAUAUAAGAAUAAAAACAUAA